AUGGUCUCCUUGCUCCCUCGCGCACCCUACCUUGCCUCCCUCGGCAAACCCACCUCCCGCGCUUCCUCCUCCUCGCUGCGACUGCCGGCCAUGUCCUCCUCCGCCCCCGCCCGCGCGGCCACGGCGGCGGCCGAGCCGGAGGCGUCCCGCCCAAGGAAGAUGCCGGUGCUCUUAUUCGACGUCAUGGACACCGUCGUCCGCGACCCCUUCUACCACCACAUCCCCUCCUUCUUCCAAAUGUCCAUGAAGGAACUCCUAGAAAGCAAGCAUCCAACAUCAUGGUCCGAAUUUGAGAUGGGGUUGAUUAAUGAGGGCCAGCUGGCCGAAAAAUUCUUCAAUGAUGGCAGAUCUUUUGAUUUGGAAGGUCUGAAAGCAUGCAUGGUGAGAGCAUACGAGUAUGUUGACGGUGUUGAAGAUAUUCUUUGCAGUUUAAAGCAAAACAACUAUGAAGUGCAUGCUUUUACAAAUUAUCCAGUGUGGUACCAGUUGAUUGAGGAAAAGUUAAAGCUGUCGAAGUAUUUGUCAUGGACAUUCUGUUCUUGUCACAUCGGAAUACGCAAACCUUCACCAGAUUUUUACCUUCAUGCCGUGGAUCAUCUCAAUAUCGAUCCAGGAAACUGCAUUUUCAUUGAUGACAGGAUGGUAAACAUUGAAGCGGCCCUUAGUGUAGGAAUGGUCGGUUUGCAUUUUAAAAAUGCUGAGGCCCUAAAGAAUGAUUUGUGCUCACUGGGAGUUGAAUUGGCACCUCUUGUGCUUGAAGAUGAAACUGAAGUUCAGUAA